AUAAGAAUUAACAUCAUUAUUAACCAAUUAUUUGAUUAAUGAAUAUAUUUGUACCAAACCAAUGAUAUUAUUUAUUUUAUUGGAGUUCACCUAUUCUUAGUUUUAAAUCAUGCUUAAUUUGUAGACGAUGUCGGAAUACUACUUUGAGUUAAACUACCUACAUACAACAUAAAAAAAGAGCCAAACCCCAUGAGCUCUAUCCUUUCCACAUAAAUUAUUUUGAGUUACGCAUUAAAUAACAAUUAAAAUGAUGAUUUUGGAACAUUAAUCUUGAAAAUUAUCACUUUAAAUGUUCUAAGUCUUUGUGUUAUUAAUUAUUUAUCUUAUUAAUAUUAUUAUAUGUUAAUUUCUAUAUGGUACUUAAAAUCCUACGAUUCUACGAUUCGAUUUUACAAUUCCAAUUUUACCCCAAUUUUUGAUCUUAAGUAAAAUCUCGAUUUUAACUGCUUUGACCAUUACCCCAAUUUUAGAUUGAUCCAUCCAAACGACCAUGACUUGGACAAAACGGUCAAUCUGAUUAUUGAUGAGAUCAAUCUAUUUGGUCAAUCUAUAUGACCAUUUUGAUCAAAUUACCACGAAAAUCUUGUAAUUCUCCGCCGGCUCCGAUUCCGAUCCUCCUUCCGAUUGCGAAGAGAUUGGUCGAGGAAGAAGCAGAGCCGCGUUGAGGUUUGGGCGCGACAAAGGAGAAGACGACGCCCAGAUCGAUCCCAGCGAUGCAUUUCCGAGGUGAAGGAGACGGAAGUCAGAGACUUUUUCGACAGUCUCGCCCAAUUCAAAUCUCUCCAGGAGAAAACCCAUUUCCGAGGUGAUGAACUCAGAAGUGGGAUGAGGGAUAAGGCUAAUACCUUGUCGUUAUUCUCGAAGAUGGAACAGAAGGUACGAAUCUCCCUUUCCCUUUGAUUAAUUGGAAAUCUGGAUCAGAAGGUGGAAAGGACCAAUUUGAUUUAGUUCAGAGAAUGGUAUUCCCUUUUACUCACCUCGUCCUAGUGACGACGCUUUGUGAUUAUUCAAUCCUAUGGGAUUGCCUCUCAAGAUUCGAGAUCUUUCCUCCCUAAUUUGGGUUAAGGAUGAUCUCUAAAUAUUUUGACACUUUGUCUUUAGAUCCUGUAAUCUGGUUGUGUGAGAUUGCUCCCUCCCUUUGAAACGGCAAACUACUUUGAAUUCGAUCUCGUUCUGGGUUCUUUUCCAAUGACCGGUAUCUGCCCUUGCCCCACCGGAGUUUUGGUAUUGCUGGUUUUCGGGCCAGGAUACUAUGCUAACCCCUAAAGGGGUAGUGAUUUUCGACACCCUCUAUUUGAUUGGUCAGUUUUAUUCUUAAUAAUUAGAUAAGUAUUAAUGGCUGUCCCUAAUAAAUAUUGAUGGGGAAAGGAUUAAGUGGCACAUAUUAAUUAUGCACGGGAAUGGGGCAAUUUUGCUGGAUCCAUAGAUGGAAAUUAUGGCGUUUGCACUCCCUUUCCCUUUGUUUCUUUUUCCCCCCUCCUCUGCUAUUUCCGAUUGUUUGUUUCUUUCCAUUGCUGUGGAGAACCAUAGCUCUGGUUCAUCAAUAGACGGCUGGCGAGAUCCAUCAGUUCAACAAAUGGAUGAUUACAGCGUCCAGUUGGAUGGCGGAGGUCACUGUCAUCAGAACGUAGAGUUAACCGGCAAACGUUCCCUCGGAUUUGACCUCAACGUAGAGUAUACCGGCAACGACGACGAUCUGGACGAACCGGCCUCCGUGGAGCAUGCGCCUGAUAUCCUCGUUGCGAAUGUCGAGCCCGUUGCAGUCGUGGAGGAACAACAAAAUUGGCUAAAUGUGGUUGGCACUGUGGUCCCAGAAGACGAGUCGACAUGGGAGCAUUUCCGUUUUGAGGACCAGGAUGAAUUUAUUAGGUUCUACAAGAAAUUUGCUCAUGGAAGAGGCUUCUCAGUUAGAAAGACUGGUGCAAUUUACAAGAAAAGAUCAUACUUCCCACAUCCAUUUAUAUUUUACUUUGGAGGGAGGUGCAGCAAAGGUGGCUACAAAGAAGGCAGCAUAUUGGAUCCUAAAAAUAAAGAAGAUGUCGUGGAUUAUGAUAGUGAUAAUGAAAGGGAUAGGGGUGAGACUCGUUUUGGUUGCAAAGCAAUUGCAAGGUGCAGGUAUGAGCACAGCACCAGAAAUUACAGAAUUUAUAAAUGGACGGAUGUCCACGACCAUGAGUUACAUGAUGAGGCCUCACGACGAUUCUUGCGCUCGAAUCGGGAAGUAACUGCUGAAUAUGCUUUGUUUGCAAAAAUAAAUGAUGCUGCUGGGAUUCCGGUUUCAAAUACUUUUGAUUCAUUUGCUGAUGCGGCAGGAGGUAAGAAGAAUUUGCCUUUUAUUCAAACGGACUUGAAGAACUAUAUCCAAAAGACAAGGCGAAAGCCUUUCACCCGGGGCGAGGCUAACAUGUUUCAUCAGUAUUUCAAGAGCAAUUUGUGUGUCAUUAGAAACUACGCUCGUUAGACGAAUGGUACACGUACCACUACACUGGUACACGUACCACUACACUGG